AUGGCGAGCCAGCUGCAGCCACAACGAGGGUCGCCGCCGGUGAUCAACUUUGGCCGGCUCAGCAAGGACCAGGCCACGAGGGUGCUUGCCGUCCAGGACAUUGCGCGGGCGUGCCGCGACCAGGGAUGCUUUCAGGUCGUAAACCACGGCAUCAGCAUGUCUGUCAUGAAGGAGGCCCUCGAAGUUGCCUUAGAAUUCUUUGCACUUCCCAAAGAACACAAGGAGAAGUUUGCUUCACUCGACAUCCAACAGCCUAUCAGGUACGACACGAGCUCAAGGGAUGGGAUCAGCGUGGCCAGGUCAUUCCUGAAACACUAUGCUAAUCCCCUGGAAGACUGGGUUCAGUUCUGGCCGGUGGACCCACCAGCAUACAGGAAGAAGAUGGGGGUGUAUGCCGUUGAAAUACAAAGAGUGUCGAUGCAAAUCAUGGAAGCUAUUCUGCAAGGCCUUGGGUUAGGACCAUCAUACAUGCAAGAGAAACUGGAGAACGGAGUGCAGUUCCUAGCCCUGAACAAGUAUCCACAAUUCGCACACCGAGGUGACGACGUCGACGUCGGACUGGGUUCCCAUUCCGACUAUGGCUUCAUCACCAUCCUUCUGCAGAGCUCCACGGGGCUUGAAGUGAUGCACCAUGACGACGUCACGUGGACGGCUAUCCCCGCUAUCUCUGGGGCCCUCCAUGUCCACGUCGGAGACAACCUGGAAGUUCUGAGCAAUGGUCAGCUCAAGUCCCUCGUCCAUCGGGCCAUCCUCAAUCCUGACGAGCCGAGGAUUUCUAUCUCCAGCAUCCAUGGCCUCUCCAUGGAUGAGAAGGUGCGCUGCGCCAAGGAGCUGAUCAGCGAGCAGCACCCGGAAAUGUAUAGGGGAAGCAGCUUCCAGGACUUCCUUGACUUCCUGCUGUCCAACACGAACAGUUACAAGAGGUUUGUUGAGAGCCUCAAGAUCGGCAGAGAUGAAUAA